CUUGUUGAGUCAAAAGGUCUUGUUUCGCUCACAUUCACAUAUUCAACGGUGGUGAAGUGGGCAUUCUUCACUCGCGAACCUCAUUUUGGUGCACUAGGACGCAGUUCACGUUAUCUGGCGCAUCUGAAGAUCACUUCAGUAGUGUCGUACCGAAGUCAUGAAGUUACUCUGUCAUUCUAACCACCGACGGUGAACACAUCUUUCUUUCAGCUUCCCCUUUUCAACUGUGUUCUGGGACUAUCAUUUCACUGAAAAGCAAUAUGAGUUUCCUCGAUUCCGUACUCUCGUCCAUCGAGACGGGAAAGCCGUCCUCAGUUUCGCCAGCAACGACCCCCCGACCCCCCGCAUCCCCCAUUCCAUCUUCAACCGCCAAGUCCGAAGUCCGCAAACCUAGCACGGGGAUUCGCGAUAUUCCUGAGCGGAAAAAUGUCGCAGCAGGGACGAAGCGAAAGGCUGAGGAGCAGCUGCGCCGUCCAUCGAACCCGAAUACUCAGUUACCUGGAAGGACAGCCGUACCAAAAACAAAUACCCAAUUACCUGGGAGGCCAGCUGCGUCAAAGCCCGCCACUACAUCUACAGCGGCUUCCAAAGCCCGUUUGAACCCGGCUUCUGGUGCGGCAAAACCUACAUCUGGCAGCAGUGGAUCAACGGCCCAGAAACCUGCAGCGGUAUCCUCGAAGCCUCCUCCUAAAGGAUCUUACGCAGAUCUUAUGGCGAAGGCAAAAUCAUUGCAAGAUAAAGCACCGACACAGGUUGGCAUGUUCAAGCAUCAUCAAUCUACUCCCAGAGAAAAGCUCAGCAAGGCGGAACGCAAAAAGCGAGCGACGGAAGCUCUGGCAAAGGAAAAGAAUUCACGUUCCGGAAAAAAGGCCGCAACCCCUGCUGGUGCAGCAGGCGCAAAAGCUGGCGAUGGAAAACCCAUCAGAAAACGAGAACCAGAGGAACUUUCUUAUAAGGGCACUGCAAGACCGUCGCAGCCUCUGUCCGGAUACCGAGGAACGGCCGGUAUACCCAGCCGGCGUAAUCCGAAUGAUAAAGCACAGUCUCGCGCUGGCAAACGGAGAGUGGACGAAUAUCUUGCAACAGACGAAGAGGACGAAGGGGAUUAUGCGGACGACUACGACGACUACUAUUCGGAAUCAUCUGAUAUGGAAGCUGGCUUGGAUGAUGUGGAGCAGGAAGAAGCAUCAGCACUUAAAUUUGCCAGGAAAGAAGAUGAAGAAGAAUGGUUGGCAGAGCAAAAGGCUAAGCAAGAGAAGCUGGAACGCCGUAAAAAGCUGUCUGCAUUGGCAUCCAGGAGUAGAUGAUUCACUACUUUUUAUCUCUACUCGAGUUAUGACAUGACUCGAUUCCUUUCCUCGACAUUUUUUUUUAUUUUUUUGAACGCACAGCAUCAGCGAGGAAUACCCGUUGGGUCCAUUACAUACCAGUUUGCUUCUAUUACCAUUCGGUCAUUGUAUCUCCUUGAGUUUUUGCUUAACUUCUUUCCUUUUUUUUUUUUUUUU